CAGCGAUUCAGAACGAGGAACUAAACAGCUCUUGGCAACAGCACCGGAGACAUGUGUGGCAUCUUUGCAUAUCUGAAUUAUCACGUGCCUCGCACUCGGCGUGAGAUCCUUGAGGUCCUUAUUAAAGGUCUGCACCGACUGGAGUACCGUGGCUAUGACUCCGCUGGUGUGGGUAUUGAUGGAGGAAACAGUAAGGAAUGGGAAACCAACUCCAAGAGCAUCCACCUGAUCAAACAAACAGGAAAAGUCAAAGCCCUGGAUGAAGAAAUCCAUAAACAGCAGGAUAUUGAUCUUGAUGUGGAGUUUGAUGUGCACCUGGGAAUCGCUCACACUCGAUGGGCCACUCAUGGCGUCCCCAGCCCGGUCAACAGCCACCCGCAAAGAUCUGACAAGAACAACGACUUUAUUGUCAUCCAUAAUGGAAUCAUCACCAACUACAAAGACCUGAAGAAGUUUCUGGAGAGCAAAGGCUAUGAGUUUGAGUCUGAGACCGACACAGAAACCAUCGCUAAGCUGGUGAAGUACAUGUAUGAUAACCGGGAGAACGAUGACAUCACCUUCGCCACCCUCGUGGAGCAAGUCACCCAGCAACUAGAAGGAGCUUUUGCCCUGGUCUUCAAAAGUGUGCACUUUCCAGGGGAGGCAGUGGGCAGCAGGAGAGGAGGACCAUUACUGAUCGGAGUUAGAAGUGACCACAAGCUGUCCACAGAUCACAUCCCCAUCCUGUAUCGCUCCUCUGGUAAAGAUAAAAAGACCUGCAAUACUCUGCCCAGGAUGGACGAGGACACGUGUCUAUUUCCUGUGGACGAGAAAGCCGUGGAGUACUACUUUGCAUCUGAUGCCAGUGCUGUCAUCGAGCACACCAAUCGGGUCAUCUUCCUCGAGGACGAUGAUAUCGCAGCAGUGCGUGACGGGCGUCUAUCCAUCCAUCGGAUCAAGCGCACAGCAGGAGAUCACCCGGCCCGUGCCAUCCAGACGCUUCAGAUGGAGCUGCAGCAGAUCAUGAAGGGAAACUUCAGUUCCUUCAUGCAGAAGGAGAUCUUCGAGCAGCCGGAGUCUGUGGUCAACACUAUGCGAGGAAGAGUUAACUUUGAGAACAACACAGUGAUUUUGGGAGGGCUGAAAGACCACAUUAAAGAGAUCCAGAGAUGUCGGAGGCUCAUCAUGAUCGCCUGUGGGACAAGUUACCAUGCUGGAGUUGCAACUCGUCAGGUACUGGAAGAACUGACCGAACUUCCUGUCAUGGUGGAGCUGGCUAGUGAUUUCCUGGAUCGAAACACGCCUGUCUUCCGAGAUGAUGUGUGCUUUUUCAUCAGCCAGUCAGGAGAGACGGCAGACAGCCUGUUGGCUCUGCGCUACUGUAAGGAGAGAGGUGCCCUGACGGUGGGCAUCACCAACACCGUGGGCAGCUCCAUCUCCAGAGAAACAGACUGUGGUGUUCACAUCAAUGCUGGUCCAGAGAUUGGUGUGGCUAGCACCAAGGCAUACACAAGUCAGUUUGUGGCUCUCAUCAUGUUCGCCCUGUUAAUGUGCGAUGACAGAAUCUCAGUGCAGCCACGCAGACGAGAGAUCAUACAAGGCCUCAAAGUGCUGCCAGAUCUAAUCAAGGAGGUGUUGAGCCUGGACGAGGAGAUUCAGAAGUUGGCUGCUGAGCUGUAUCAGCAGAAGAGUGUUCUCAUCAUGGGCCGAGGAUACCACUACGCCACCUGUCUGGAGGGAGCUUUGAAAAUUAAGGAGAUCACAUACAUGCAUUCAGAGGGUAUAUUGGCUGGAGAGCUGAAGCACGGCCCACUGGCUUUAGUGGACAAACUCAUGCCUGUCAUAAUGAUCAUCAUGAGAGACCACACAUACACUAAGUGCCAAAACGCACUGCAGCAGGUCGUGGCAAGACAGGGCCGUCCGAUUGUGAUCUGUGAUAAAGAAGACUACGAGACCAUCAGCAAUUCCAGCCGCACCAUCAAAGUGCCUCACUGUGUGGACUGUCUGCAGGGAAUCCUCAGCGUCAUCCCACUACAGCUGCUCUCCUUCCACCUCGCUGUGCUCCGCGGAUACGACGUCGAUUGCCCAAGAAACCUGGCCAAGUCUGUGACUGUUGAGUAAACGCUUCCUGAUCGAUGCCACACACACACACACACACACGCACACGUACGUUCAGACUAUCGAAGACAUGAAGACAGUUGAACAGAGGGUUUUAUACAUGCCAGCUUUGAUGCAAUGAUCCUAAAGAACCUGAAGUGUACCUCCAUACAUAUAUAUCUGUAUCUCGUCUCAGAGCAUGAUUCUGAAAGUUUCAUAAUCGUUGACUGGAAUGUGAUUUUUCUUAUUAUUUUUGUUGUUGUUGUUUUAUUUGGUGGCGUGGUAUGGGGUGGCGAUAUAAGAGCUGUACUCUGAACUCAAUGUCACUUGUCGUAGCCUAUAACGCAUUUGUCUUAUGACUUUUUAUUGCUUGUUUGCUCCAUUCGUAAAAAUUAGUUUGACUCGGAAAGACUUUUAGAUGCUUCUCAUCAAAUACACAUAAGCAUUUGUGUAGCAAAGAUAAGUAACGCAAGAGGCUCGUAACUCUCCAUUAGCUGUUUUCCUUAUGAAACCCCCAACAAUUCUAGUGAUGCGUGGCACUAAAAACAGAACUGUGAAUCAGCGUUUCAUGGUAGUUUGCACAAUAUUUUGUCCAGUUUGCUGCUAUUUAAAGGGAUGUAUUUGUUACUGAUGACCAUAUUUUUUCCUGGGAUGACACUUAAUCUGAAAUUUUAAAACCAUGGGGAUUCCCAUAGUUCAAUUUAUAUUCUGUAGAAGCUUUGAUACAGUGACUCUUAUCUAAUUUGGAAUUCAUUGAAACGAUGCUGAUGUUCGCUAUAGUUUGGUCCAGAGUUUUUUUCAAUCCAUUGCUUUAAUGGACUUUAAUACAUAACUUGAAUGCUUUAUGAAGGUGGUAGGGUAACAGUUUACAAAACACUAAUACAUUUUUAAAAUUUCAAGAUGUAAAAUAAAAUAAAAUUAACCUAGAUUCAUAAAUCCGUUAAUAAAUGCAAUAACUAAUGUAAAAAAAAAAAUACUUUGUAAAAGGUUACCCUAAAGUACAAACUGUUUAUUACCUUUAGAGGUUUCUUUUAUUCUUGUUCCAAAGAAAUGAAUGAAAACCUGCUAGAAACUAAGGUAAAAUAUCAAGGUUACAGUCAGAUUAAAUGACUACACCCCUGUCAUCUACAUGAGGGGUUAAAUAUGAAGUGAAUGUAUGAUCUGAUCACGUUUUUAGUGAAGUUUCUCUGUGCUUUUGCCAAACUGGGUCGUAGAAAUGGUAGUGUUUGAUUUGAAGUAGCACAAGGAGAUCUACUGCUAUGAUAAUAGACCAGGCAGCCAUUAGAAAAUGAAAUGUUUACAUGGCUUGAUGAAGAGAACGGAAUGUUUGAAUAUCGCGUUUUGAAGUACCACCUUUUGCUUCCCACAAAAAGUCAGUGAGUAGUAGUGAAUCACUGCAGUACUGCAUCUGUAGUUACUAUAUAAGAAUCAGUUACUGAGAUUAAUCUGAAGGUACGCUUGUGUUGUGUACUUGAAGUAUAUGCACAAACCUUUUGACUUCCAUUCUUUGAUUCCUUUAUUAUUGGAAAUUCAGAGGCCUUGUUACAGGAGACGGUGAGUGUCUCUGGUUUACAGUAGUGCUGCCAAAUGACGCAGAGGAGAAACCCUAAACAUGAAGCGUGCCCCUGCCCCAUACAACGCCACUGUCACUUAUGAUUGUUUCCAUGGGACCAUUUUAUUGUCUUUUGUUUUUCUCUUAUGUUUUUAUUGGGUAUACAAGGGUUAUAUUUUAUAUACUACAUUAUUUGCAUUUGAAAUGCUUAUGUACUUCCUUUGAUUCAAAUAUUGUGAUUUUUAUUUUUUUUUUCUUGAUUGCAUUUUGUUGCGCAUAAAAUCUACACAAAUAAAGAUUUAUAUAAUCUCAAUCCUUUGUUCAAAACACCAGAUGGACAUGAACCAAAAAUAUAUCUACUAAAAAUGGCAUGUAACCAAAGGUUGAAGAAGGGUGUUAUGGUGCAAUAGCUCUGAAGGUAUGAUUACAGUUCUGUGCGUCAAUUUUUGUUAUAUUCUGGAAAUGUUUAAAUUAUGCAAUUCAUAGAGAGGGUUUUAAAUAUUUCACUGGCUAAUAGACUAGCAUUGCUCUUUGCUCUGUGGAGCACUGAACUGCUUUGCCUUUUACAGUAGAUUUUACAAUAGCAUCUUAAAUGUGUGUAGCCUUGUCUUUACAUCUUGAAGGUUUGAGUUUUUUUUUCCCAGAUCAGUUCUGUCAUCCACAUCCAGCAAAUGUUCCUGGUUUAGAGUACAAAAAGCUUGUCUGGGCUAUUUUUGGGGGGACAUCAAGGCCUUAAUUACUGUUUAAGGUUAGAGCAUCUCAUAAUGUGUUUUGGAUGUGUGUGUGUAUAGGAUUUAAAAUUAAUGAAAAGAGUUAAUAAAACAUUCAGUCUUUCUAA